AUGGAGAUAACCGCUGCUACUUUAGACGCAAUGAUUGAAUCCAAAAAGGACAGUCAUAAAGCAGUAGUUGGAACCGUCAAUGAGAUUAAGGCAAACGGUGGUAUGGAGAUGCAUAAUGGAGGAAAGAGAACUUGUGAAGACGGGAGGAUGAAUGAUCCAACCAAAGCCUCUUUGGUCACCUGUGAUUCAAAAGGAGAGAUAAAGUGCAUAGAUGAACCAGUGUGCAAAGCCAUGAGCACAAAUGAGCCGGAUUAUGAUGUAAAGUCUCAAGAAGAUAGAAACGCAAAGUUUGAGAAGUCAUCCGAUGAUAAGGUAGACAAUUUGCAUGGUGAUAAUGAUAAAAUGUGCACUCAUGAGUCAAAUAAAAAUAACAUGCAUACUUGUGAGUCGGACAAGGAAAUAAAGUACAAGAACGAGUUUGUUUACAAUAUAGGGUGUGAUGAUGAAUCUAUUGACAAUGUACUAUACAAGACUAAAUCUUUGGACAGUGAAAUGUUCAAAGUUGACAAAUCUGCCCAAACACCAACACAUGAAUACAAACCCUGCAGAAUAUUCACCGCGGAGUGCAUUUCAGCAGAGGGAUACAAGCCAUAUAUGAGUGAUUACAGAGAUGGUGCGGAUGCAACAAACUUUGCAAAUUAUAAUGACUGUUCCUAUUACCCAAGUAUUGCUCACGAAUCCACGCAUGUUAUACCUCUUUUGGCUUCCAUAUAUUCCACACUUUCCAAAGUCAUUACCGACUUCAAAAGUUCCUAUGGAACCCUAGAGAGGGUACAGAGUAUGAUUUCAUGGUACAAGCACUUUGUUGACGAGCACAAGAGAUAUGCUUGCAUAGAUUCUCCUUGCUGUAUGGAUACAGAGAAUGUUCCCAUGACCAACUCUGAAUCGAAUAUAAACUGCGCAAUGGAGAUUUUAAGGAAUAUGGAAACUUGUACGUCAAUGCCAGAUUACACGAUCAUGCUGCAAGGUUCAAAGUGUUACAGGCACUCUAGUUCAUUGCAUGCAGAGGAAUUUAUGGAGUCUCCAUUCCAAGCAUCAAAUAUCAAUAACCCUGAGGAUCCAAGUUCUGUGGAAUCUCUUCAGUUGCCAAUAAGUUGUCUGUACUCUGUGGAAACUCCACAGGAAACUAGAAGGAUGAAAACUGUGGAAAUAGAGAGCAUAACCGUUUCCGGGGGAAUCAUCCAGAGUAUAGAAGACGAAGAAAGGACAAAAGGCAGUUAUACUGUGGAUCCAUCUUCUGCGGAGACUCCGCAUGCAUUAUCCUCCACAUACACAUUUCCACUCGCCUCAAGGGUGACAUGCAACUGCCUUUUAAAGGUAGUGGUAAACCAUGCAGUGGCUGGUUUAUAUAUUGGAAAGAAUGGGACGCAUUUAAAGAUGCUGCAGGAAAAGUAUAGGUUCAGAUUAACGCAAUCUGGGAGAGGUAUACGAGGGGAUUUCACAGGGGUCGGAUAUCCAUGCCAUAGGACAAAUACAACUCUCUUGUUUGAUGGCCCACUGGUACAUAUUUUGUAUGCUCUGAGGCCGCUUUACAGAAUCAUUCAGGAUGACAUGUUAGCAUUGGACCAAGAAUCGACAAGGAUUGUUAAUGGGCACACUCUCAGGGUAAAGUUUGAACUAAACCUUGUAGUUCCCGUAGACAGGAAACGGGUAUUACUUCAAAAUGCCGGAAAACGAUGCAUGCAGCUAAGAAACACCUCUGGGGUUGAUAUUAUAGCUGGGAAGCAAAACUUUGAACUUGGAAAUAUACGUGAAAGCAUCGUCACACUCUUGGGGUUUGAUGAUGCUGUAGAACGAGCAUGUGAAUGGCUUUGCAUUUUUAUCCAAGAUAGCGACGCAAUCUCCUCUGGAGACUAUAUGUUUAUGGAGUAUCCCAAAUACACACUUGCUGUACCAGAACACUAG